CCGAAAUGUGUGUCAGCCUCGAAUUUACGGGGAGUAUGACAACCCUUUUCCUAUUGUCGUGCCUUGAAAUUGAUCAAAACUAAUGUGGCACGUCCUUCAAUACUCGUGCUCGAAUGGAGUACAAAGUACAUCAGCCAAAGUGGGCAAAUGAUGUGCAGCAGUGCGACACACUGGCGAAUCCUCAUCCACCAAGUCAAGUCCCUGUCGCUCAAAUUGUCCGUUUUGGCUGAGCCAUGACUUCAUAACAGGUUUUCCUCCUCCACCAGACAGCUGAACUUCCCACAUCUCGACUGGUUCAACCAACAAGUCGUUCUCCUCUAAUGAUCCCUGGCCAUCACUGUUUUGGCUGGCCCAUCACUGAUCGCGAAUCUUGGAUAUUCGCUACCCCACAAACUCGCUCAGUGGCUGUCCACAGGCCUUGUUUGUUCGGUGGCUUGAAGAUGAUGCCCUUGACGUAUCGAGCUGGUGACAUACACAGUACUCGUACAACCAAGAUCACAGGUUUUUGACCACCAGGAAUGAUGACGCAACCCCAAACAAGACAUUACGAAGUUGAGCUUCACCGCGUUUUUCUUCCCUUGCGGUCUUUAUUGAUGCUUUGAGCCCUUCCUCAGCUUGUAGAAACUUUGCCUGUACUGCUGGUUGCUACUAAUUGACAGAGAGCAGCAAAGAUAUGGACAAGGUGAAAUCCGUGCUGUGAGUGCUGACUUGAAUCCACUGUGCGUCAUCAUAGCCUGACCAGGAGGUGCGACGACAGCCAUUCCAACAAAGAAGAUCCAGAACCAUCUACAAGUGCAGGUCCUAGUGGUCGAAUGACUGGACAGGGAUCCCAUUUUCCACAGGCAGAAGACACGAUCUCUUCAGGUGGUGGUCCAGGCUUGGACACACGUCAACCAGCCCGACAAAACCCUGACGACGGACUCGGCACUGCUGCCAUUGGCACGACAUCUACUUAUAGCUCACACUACCUAGCCAAAGGAGAUCCGGUUGGCAACGUCGCUGAUCCCCAGUCGGCAGAUCCUACGACUUACAAAAUGCCUGAACAUAUGUAUGGCUCCUCCGGCACCGGGGUGCCCGAGGGUGCAGCAGGCACCGCAGCAUCCCUGGCCUUCAACAAGGACAGACAACAAAGUACUUCGCAGAUUCCGGGCGCUUUCCCUAAAGACGAAUCUUCUCCCCACGAUUCAACUCGAGCAGCUUCAGCAGCUACGUCGGGCUUCACUGGGUCUGGUACUACACGAGAUCCUUACGGGUCAAGGGGCCUCGAAGCUGCCUCUGGAGGAGCGGCAGGCACGGGUGGUUCCAGUAGCUUGGGUCAAGGGGUCUCUGCUGCCGCGGCCGGUGUGGCCACUGAAAAUGCACUUUCUCGCGGUGGCACAACUCACGAUGCGACCACAAUUGCACCCUCGGGUCUAACAUCAACCACGUCACCAGCCGAUCGCUCUGCUGGAUUUGGUGCAGCCGAGAAGACGAAGGUUCCCGAUGAGACGGCGACCGGAUCAAACCAGGGUGGGACAUUUGGAAAGAUCCUUGGAGCCAUGGGCCUGGGAGCAGCAGCUGGUGGUGCGACCGCAGCUGCGACCAGAGGAAGAGAAAAUGAGAAGCCUGAUGCAGUGUCGGGCACUCCAGACCAACCUACAACUACAACGGGCGUGAGUUCAUACACUGCUCCUACCGAAUCUACACCCAGUACAGCAGCAACACAGCCGCCGACCCAUUAUCGUAAGGAGAGUAUUCCGACAAGCGCCUAUCCUGCUGGCCAGGAUUCUCCUGCUCCCAUUAAUCCUCCAGUAGGUGGCACGGCAGCCGCUGUCAAUGAGCGAGAGCACAAGGACCAUACCGGCCGCAACGCAGGCCUUGCUGCGGCCGGUGUUGGUGCAGGAGCUUUGGGAGCUCAUGAACUCGGGAAGCACAGAUCAGAACCAGGAGAAAUCAAUGAGUACAGCAUUGGCUCCAGUGCCCAGAACACGACUCCAGCUGCACCGUAUGCUCCUGCAACAAGUACUGGUACUGAAAGAGGCAUGGCUCAGGGUCAGACAACGGCAACACCCUACAACGACUCAACUCCGGAGAGUGACUCGAAGGGGUAUGGUAAGACUGCUGCUGCCGCUGGUCUUGGUGCUGGCGCAGCUGGCGCUGGUGCCUAUGCUCUGGGACACGAAAGGAAUAAGCCAGAGACCGGAGACCUUCGAGCAGAGAAGCCCUACACAUCUUCUGAAUCUGCUACUCAGCCUCCGGCUACCACUUCCCAACUGCCUGUCCGCGAAAAGCAAGCUGGCCCAGCAACAACCUCGACUUCUGGAGAAUAUCCCACGGAACAUACUCCAGCAGCAGAUGAUCGUCGCACUGGACGCAACGCAGCUCUAGCAGGUGCUGCUGGUGCCGGCGCUGGUGCUUACGGGGCCCACGAAUACAACAAGCAUCGCGCUGCAGAAGAUCCAUCAGUAGGCCGCCAAGGACCAACUACCAGUACCAAGGAUACAAAAAUAGCUCCUGUCGCCGCUUCCUCGCAGCCUGCAGUUGAGAGAUCUACCAGAAAUGAUCCAACUGCAGCGCCGGAGCAAGACAAGAGUCAUGCCGGUCGUGAUGCUGCUUUGGCAGGUGCUGCGGGCACUGGUGCCGGUGCUUAUGGUGCUCACGAGUACAACAAACAUCAUGCGGAACAAGACCCGUCAGCAGCCCGGCAAGUACCUACUACUAGUACCAAGGACACCAGCGCGGCACGCAACGACACAAAGGCAACCCCUAUUGCAGCCUCUUCGGGACCGACUUCGGACAAGGCCGCCAGAACUGAUCCAGCUGCCCCAGAGCAGGGGGAGAGUCACACCGGCCGUGAUGCCGCUCUAGCUGGAGCCGCCGGCGCCGGUGCUGGGGCUUACGGUGCCCAUGAAUACAGCAAACACGAGGUUGGACAGGACGCUGCCAAUGCCGAGGCUCGACGACAAAAGGAUCUCGCUGAGCAGGAGGCAGCUCGCCAAAAACAAUUCGAAAAGGAUCAAAAGGCAGCAGAGAAGCAGGCUCACAAGGAGGAGAAGCAACACCAGAAGGAAUUAGCAAAGGAGCACAAGGCACAAGAAAAGGCCGCGGCCAAGGAGGAAAAGGAGCAUCAAAAGGGGCUUGAGAAGGAAGAAAAGAAACACGAUAAAGAGCUUGCCGCUGGCGAGGCCGAACAUGAGAGGCAUCCCAAGAAGGAGGAACAGCCUGGGGCUGGCGUUGAGGCUGAAGAGGCUGAAAGGCACAGGCGUCGUGAGAAAGAAGCCGCGGCCGCCGCUGCAGUCGGUGGAACCGGUGCUGCCGCCGCAUACGGUGCCCAUGAGCACGACCAGAAGUCAGAUGCACAAAAGCAACACGAACAAGAAUCUCUGGACACUGCUUAUGGCAUCGGAAAGCAGUCGGCCGGUAGUCAGGGAGGACGCCCUGCUGUCGUCGCCGACGAUGGUGGUCAUAACGUUUUGCACAAGGACCCUCCUCACGAGGAGAAGAAGCCCAACAUCUUCAAACGCAUCUUCAAACGACGCAAGAACAAGGACACUGGUGAAGAAGAGGAAUACAGCACCGAUGACGAUGAAGAUCACGGUCACGGUCAUGACGGUCGCCACGCCGCUGAAGCAGGAGUUCUGGGUGCCGGUGCCGGUGCUGGAGUCGCAGGUGCAGAAACCUCUCGCCACGAGCCUGGUUCAACCACUUCUCGCAUCAGUACAGAGCAACACCAUGGAAGUUCUUACGAGGAACAGAGUGGUGGUCUCCAGAAGCCAUCUUACAAUCCCUUUUCCAAGCAAAGCCCGACAUCGGCAAACUAUGGACAACAACAACAACAGGAGCCUGUCGCCGCGGAUCCCAGCCACAGCGGUCCAGGAGUAGGCAGGACAAACACGUCGACGACGACCGACCAUGCUCGUUAAGAGAGGGUCUCUUAUGGAUCAACAAAAUUGGUCCGGCGAAUACGAACGACCCCUGAGCAAGAGUGAUUACGAUGAUACCUUCCCAGUGUUCACAAACGAGUUUUCUUUUUGUUCUUGUGGGCUUCUGGCCUUUGCCUGUAAACAAGUAUACGAGACUGAGAAUUUGGAUUUCGGUAGUAAUGUUUGCCUAGUUUUGCCAAAUGGAACCCCAAAGAGUGGCUCAAUUGUACCAAUGGUUCUGUUCAUACGGUGACUUCGGAAAGGCUUCAUUGAUGAUUCGUGCCGUCGAGGAAUACUUUGGUACGUUUUAAUGACCGCACGACAAGUGGUUUGCCGCCGCGAUUUGGAAUAUAAUUGAUAAUACCUUGGACUCCUCAAAAGUCCGGUCGACGCGCGCGACACUGUUUGCACCCUCCCGAUCACUCCCUACUCGAAUACAUUUUAAAUGUUCGACCGUCGUUGCAUUCGUUUCUUUCACAUGCGUCUUCUACCUGCUACUAGAAGACUCGACUUGCGGGGUUAGGAAAAAAGACGAUCGUACCAGUGUCUACGGAGUACGUGUGAAUCAAUUACACUUGGGCAGGUGAAAUAGACAAGUCAAAGGUUGGCAAGUUCAGAUGUGGCCAAUGCAACACAUUUUGUUUUAUUUCUUCCUUCUUCUGGUCUCUCUCUCUCUCUCUCCCUCUCGUCGGCAAGGAAUUUCUCUUUAUAAGUAGCGGCAGUAGCAGAU